AACCUGUGCUGUUGCCAGUCUCCGGUCGCAGACCAAGAGAGAGGGGAGGCAGACUCCAGAUGGAAAACCAUGCAGCACUCUGAACCCAUGGAGACAUGGCACAGAGGUUCCUCUCAUCUACGCACAGAUUCAGCGCCAGAUUCGCCUUCAUAUUCACCGUGUCUCUGUCUUGCACUUACCUGUGCUACAGUAUCAUUUUUUGCCGCGGCACAAUCAUGACCAAUCAGGGUUACGAGGGCAAACGAUGCCCACCGAGUAAGACCGCGGGCGGCGCAAAGAAACUUCUUGGAAAUGUGGACAAUUGCGCUUCGCUGGAAAUGCGCUCCGCCCUUGACGAGACCGCAGCUGCCCGGCGAGGAUCGACUGAGCCCCGCGACCAAAGCAAAGUCCCCGCCGCGUCUGGAAGUCACUGGGCGGACAUGAAGUUGAGGAACAUGACUGUGGCGCAGAAAUAUGGGAAUAAGAAGCUGCCUAAUGCGUUGAUAGUCGGGGUAAAGAAAGGAGGCACCAGGGCGGUGCUGGAGUUCAUCAGGAUACAUCCAGAUGUGCGCGCACUCGGAACUGAGCCGCACUUUUUUGACAGAAACUACGACAGAGGGCUGGACUGGUACAGGGCACUGAUGCCACGAACACUCGACAGCCAGAUCACUUUAGAGAAGACUCCCAGCUACUUUGUCACCAGAGAGGCACCCAGACGCAUCACGAGCAUGUCCCACGAGACCAAGCUGAUCGUUGUGGUGCGAAACCCAGUCACCAGAGCCAUCUCCGACUACACGCAGACUCUUUCCAAGAAGCCCGACAUCCCUACGUUUGAAGAUCUGGCCUUUAAGAACAGAAGUCAGGGCCUUGUUGACACUUCCUGGAACGCCAUACGCAUCGGAAUGUACAUCCUGCACCUGGAGAACUGGCUGCAGUACUUCCGCCUGUCGCAGAUGCACUUUGUGAGCGGCGAGCGGCUCAUCACGGAUCCGGCGGGGGAGAUGGGCCGCGUUCAGGACUUCUUGGGACUGAAGCGAAUAAUCACGGACAAGCACUUCUACUUUAAUCGAACCAAAGGCUUCCCCUGUCUGAAGAAGCCGGAGAGCAGCAGCCAGCCGCGCUGCCUCGGCAAAUCCAAGGGGAGGACUCACGUACAGAUCGACCGCGAGGUCAUAGAGCAGCUGCGAGAGUUUUAUAGGCCAUUUAAUAUUAAAUUCUAUGAAACAGUGGGACAGGAUUUCAAGUGGGAUUGAGAGAGCCAUACAGGAACGGUGCUGCUUUUAAAAUGGCUACCUCUAGAGAUGUGUUAAAAUAUAUUAAAAAAAAAAGCCUGGGGUAUCAACACAAUGUCAUCACAACUCUAUUUAACUUAAUAUAAAUUUAAAAAAAAAAGUCAACCCAGAUGGUUACACUUUACACUGGAGUACAGUAACAUGAUGAAAAUGGUCAUUUCAUCCUAUUCCUAUAGUAAUAGCCUGGUAAAACUAUGAGUGUAAAGGAUCAAUUUAUAUAUUAGAUAUUACACAAUUCUCAUUACCAAGCUAUAACCUGGAUAUUACUGUGUAAAUGAGAUGGCAUUUACAAUAUAAUCCCCUAAUUACCACACCAUUACCAUACUGGGAAGUGUAUCAUAAAUCAGGUGAUUCUACAUUAAUAAUCACCUCCCUAUUGCAAAUGUCGUUGCUGUAAAGUUGUAACCAAUCAGAACUUAAAAAUGAUAAUUGUUUCACAUGAUGCUGGGUUGGUGUUGUGACAACAAAAGUGCCAUUUCUUUAAAAAAGAAAGACUGUUUUUCCUUUACUGUAAGACAGGACGCGCGAAUUCAUCGGACGGACAGACGGCGUUAAUCCAUCAACAAAUGUUAACAAGCAAACCACCAGGACCAGACCUACGUUAAUGACGCUGCUUGAAUAUUCAUUGCCCAUUUAUUCAUAAUUUCCACUUAACCACUGGUUUAUGGUUUUAAUGAGUUCUCAACAUGACACUGCAGCGAAAUGUCAAAUAAAUGAUAAAAAUCAGUUAUUCUGUAUUGAACAUUUUUAUCCAUAUUAAAAGCUCAUAUAAAAAAGGCAACAGUGACACAUUUACUGAAUAAAUGUGCUAUAAUACAAUAUAUUAAGAGACGUGAUAAAAGUUGUCGGACUCACCUCAGCUUUCUCUGUGUUCGCUUCUUUUUUUGUUGUGACCACCACAAUAAAAAGGCAAAAUUGUUCCAUGUA